AUGGUACAAAGGGAGCGAAGGAUGAACGGACACGGUAAGUCUGGUCACGAACUGCCACCAGACUGGGAAAUCCGUCGGCCCCGGAAUGGCGGGCAAGAGCAGUAUUACUACAACACGAAAACGCACGAGUCGACGUGGACUCGCCCUGGACUGGUCAGGGAGGGCAGGUCGCUCGAACGGCGUGGGUCAGACGCGAAAGCGCGGACUGAUGCGCGGACUAACGAGCACACCGAUGAGCUCGAAGGGCGGGCUCAAUCCCGCAAGGAGCCGAAACGCAGACCGUCGCCUUCAAGCGGGCUCUCCUACGAGGACCGCCACUACCGACCUGGGGCGUCGUCGUCUGCGGGUGGUAGCUCUACGCAGCAGCAACCGCACUCCGACUCGUUGCCCGUACCUCGGCCGCCUUCUCCGCGAUCUGUACCUGAACGUCGCCAGUCACAUUCGGUUUCGCCGACGCGAAGGGAACAUCAAGCGCAAGCCGCAAAUACUCGUAGCCGCAGGGACGUGUCCUCGCCAAGGCUCGUUACGGAUAGUACGUGGCGGGACCCCCAGCGCGACGAUGUGCGGGAAAUGCUGCAGUCCAGGCAAGUGAACACCCCUGAGCGCCGCUGGGGGCCUUCUCGUGCGGCGGAAUCUAUGACCGGUCGAAGUCCUGAAGAUCGCUUGCGCGGUCGAUCUCAACGCAUCGAUGUCGAUCCUCUGCAUCAGCUCCCGCCUAAAGAUCCAGUUGUGCGCCACGAAGGUCUACAGUGGUCGGCUCCA